AUGACGAAUCUGCAACCCAACGGCGAUACAAUGUGUGGGAAGUCAGUAUUGCUUUGGAACGUCGAUAGAUUCGACAUGAAAACCGGAUUAAAGGCAGGAAAGCUGAAAGACGUUAUGGCGGAUGGAGAUGUCGAAAUCGCAUGUAUUCUGAAUGCCUUUUCCCCUAGGGUAAAAAACCCGGCAGAAAAGGCGAAAGAGAUCAAAGAAAAACUGAACAAUGACGGCGGAUGCUUUGACGUGGUUAUGCCGAAAUUGUCGGUAUUCCCGACGGACGCUAAGAAAGAUGAGGCUCUGCAUGACGAUUGGAACGAUUCCCAUCCUCCCAAUAUGCUCAUUGUGCACAAGAAGGGGCCUAAUGAUGCAGAACUGACCCCGCAAGCAUGCACGGUGGCAAUCAGUCAACCGAAACAACGACCAAGGCGAGUUAGCGUCUGCUGGUUCACAUACAAGGGUGUGCUCUUUGUAUGCUAUCAUCGCAGCGACGAGGUGGUAAUUCUUCUCUGCAGUGCUCGAUUCCGAAAAUGGCUCAAAAGCGAGCUUAACAAGCUCGGUAAGACUGAAAGUGUUGCUCUUCUCGGAGUCCCUGCUGCCCGAGCGAUCGACUUCCAGCGUUGGCAGACCCGCCAUAACCCCCACAAAAUUCAAUCAGAUGAUAUCAUCAACUUCCUUGAGUUUUUGUCAGCUGUGAACCUAACAAAGUCGGCGUUGAACAGCGAGACCUACAUGUUCCUUACGAGGCCAAACCAGACCGUGCAACCCCAUAAGGAUGUGUAUUAUCAGCCGGCAGGAGCGGGUUCUUCGAUUCGGGCAAUGAACAUCAUGCUCUUCCGCUUUGCUGGAACCUCAGAUGAGCUGCAGCCAAUGGGCCGAUCGUGGAUGCUUUACGAUCCAGAGGAAUCUUCCGACGAACUAUAUGAAAAGACCCUUGGUCGCUUACAAAAUCUCAAACUCGAACUUCCUGUUAUCCUUGCAAAACACAGAGUAAGGGCUCCGGAACUACAGCGUGACCUGGAAGACAAGCUGACGGCCAUCAUAGCCAACAUCGAUAUCAAGAAAGAGGAGGAACCCGAUGUUUCGGAACACGAUAGCGAUGAGGAUGAU